AUGGCGCUGGACGCACUACGCGCGAGCGACGGCGACGGCGCAGCUGCCACCGACACGAACGAAGGAAUGCACGAAUCCGAAGAUCCGGUAGCUGGUGUACAAGCCGGUAGUUGUGUCUCUUCUGACCGAGAGGUGAGCGACGAGGAGGAGACGAAAGAGACGACACGAGAUGGGACGGAGAGUGACGCGGUGGAGCUGUUGGUGAAGGCGGACGAUGCAGAGUCAAGGGAAGAAGUGACUGGUGGUGACGAAGAAGAUAUGGGGAAUGUGGUGGAGUCGACGCUUGGUGUGGCGGCGGCGUUGAUGGCUUCAGAUGCGGUCGCUCUUGAGUGCAAUGAGGAUGCAGUGUCGAUGGAAGGGAUUAGUCGGAGCAGAGAGGGGCUAGUGGAUGGAGUUGCAAAGAAGAGUGAGGAAGAUGUGGAAAACAUUGGUGGUGGAAUUGGCCAUGAAAACGGUGCUGGGAUGCAGUUACCUUUGGUAGCAGAUACGGAGGUAUCGUCUGGAACGAUCGAUGACGUGGAAGUAGGGGCGCAACACAUCGAGUCAGUGGGAAGUGAGCCAGUGUGUGCAUCGGUGGCUUCUUCUACCACUGUUGAUACUGUUUUGCCGGUCGAAGCAUCGACGCUACCAUCAAAGACGAUGGGCAAUAAUUUGAGUGAUGAGCAACGUGUCGAAAUUGAUGAAUUGGUGGACCCUAUACUGGAAGGUAGCGCAGCGAAGAUGCCAAUGUGUGAUGUACCAGUAUGUGACUUAGCCAGUCAAUCUGCCAACAAUGAGAGCACCAUUACUCCGUUGAAGCCUUCGUCACCGUCUAAGGAGAUGAACCUGGUUGUGUGUGAAAAGCAACAUGCAGAACAUGACGACUUGGUGGACACUACGGGAGAAGAUGGCGUAUUGACUUUGCCGACGCCUGAUGUACCAGCGUGUGGUUUGGCCAGUCCGUCUGCUAACAAUGAGAGCACCAUUGCACUGAUCGAGCCUUCGCUGCCAUCAUCCAAAGAGAUGAGUGACAUCUCGAGUGAAGAACAGCAUGCUGACAAUAAUGAUCUAAGUGAUGAUACAAAGGGCGAUUGCGUGUGCUCUCCACCAAAGCUUAGUGGAAAUGAAUGCGACCCGUUGACUCUUCCAGCGGUGGCGUCCUGUGUACCCCACGGAGAUGAUGAAUAUGACCCUGCGAAUCCAUCUUCUGCGGGAACACCCGUAGGAAGCAAUACUUCAACGAGCUUUACCGAACAUCAUCCAGCUUCUGAGCAGGAGGAGUACGACCCAGAGUAUCCGUUCAUGACACCGUCAGCACCUGAUAAAUCCGUUCCGAUGGAACUAAGCCCCGUGACGUCAGCAAAAAGAAAGGCUGACGAUGAGGCCAAUCCGCCUUCUGACGUGCCAGAAACAGAUAGCGCAGAUUAUAAACGGCUCCGCUGUAAUGAGGAUGGCAAAAAUCUCCGUGAGAGCGACCACAAGGAAGGUCAUCAUCGGCGCGGAAGCGGAGAUUCUACCCUGUCUACUAGCAGCAAACAGAAAAAUAGCGUUGAUGAUCACAAGGGACUCUCUGCUGCGGCAUGGGAUCGACUCAUGGAUUUCCAGACGAGUGGCGAGUUCCGAGUGACCCAAGUGAGUCGCGCUGCUUUUGCAUCUGUUGGCGCUAUGCCUGAGUUUGCUCAGAUUGCUAUCAUUGCUCGAUUUGUACGCACACCCAUGCGAGACAUUCGUGACAAGAAUGGACAGCUGAUGCGCAUUUUUCGUGAAUACCAGAAGGAAAACCCACAAGUCGCGGUGCUACAGUCUGUAGAUGCCUUCAUUUCGGACUACAAGAGUGACUCUGGGUUAUUUCGCUUCGGGUAUGCUCCUCCACAACCAGCGAAGGGCAUUUCGACUGUCCGGGUACCGUAUCAGCGGGACCAGCUUCCCAAAGACCUCCCGGUGAAACAUUCUCCACGACAGGCAAGAAAUGAAGCGGCGCGAUCAGAUUCAGACAAGCACUUGCACAAACAUGUUGACGAGUUCGGGCGUGCUGUUCACCUGAACAAAGAACUUGCACGUGAGCCUAAUGCGUCAACAAACUCUAAUUCUCAGAGAUCAGUCGUCGAUUCUUCAUUCUCUGCAAACCGUCAAGCCCCGUCUGUCCAAGCUGUGCCACCGGCAGCGACAAGAGGACGAGCGGAAGACCCUCGUAGCCGUGAACAGCCUCGGCAUCAAAAUAGCAGUGGAGCUGGACGGGAUCCACGUCGUCAUGGUUCGUUGUCAAGCCAACAAAUGUCCCCUCGUGGAAAUCUGUCUCAUGCUGCGGGCUCGAGUGAUCUGUACGAACGUCUGUCAGUGCCUGUCAAGGCUGUGAUAAACAGUAUGCGCCGCGAAGGAAGGUUACAGGAGCCGCUCAACGAUAACGUGAUCACACGGUUGCUGCAUUUGCCGGAGCGCGUGGCGCUGCAAGCGGUUGAGAACUUCAGCAAUGUCGAUCUUUCGCAGGUGACGAACUUGCAAGGUUUUCUAGUAGGAAUUAUCAAUCGUGUGAACGAGAAGGCGAUUGCCUCCGAAAAGCUGCACCGGCCGCACGUGCCAUCUCCUCGUGGACAGUCUGCUCCAGCGGUUUCCAUAGGUGGCCGAAAUCAUGGACCACCUGCGCAAGGUGUAUCAGUUCUUGGUGGGCCUCCUCAAGGCGGGCGUUUGAGCAGCACGAAUGGAAUGAAUUACGACGGCUACCGUGGCCAACUGCCGCCCAUGGCUAGCGAUCCUGCUUCCUCGCUGUACGAACAUCCAUUUGAUGCCCCGCAAGAUACUCGGGAUCCGCGGCGUCGCCAGCCAGCACCUCACGUAGCCCCUCAAUACGGUGGAGCAGUACGAGGAGAGCCCUCGGUCGGCACUGGCCACGGUCCAAUCGGGAUGCACUCGUUCACGGUAUUGCCGGUAUCCGUGCAGAACCAUGUUCACGCAUUAGUUGCAGACCAGACGCUGGCAUCUUUAGAGGAGCUUGGCGGCAAGUGCUACGAAGUGCUGGGGCAGCUUUCCGAGCCGCUGGCGAACCAAGUGCUUACCCGAUUCGCAGGUGCUAAUCUCUCUAACGUUCGGAACAAGAGUGGAUUUCUCAUUGGCGUCGUCAAGCGGGCUCGCCAAGAGUACGGGUUCAAUUAA